AUGCAGCUUUUGACUCUCCUCGCCGCCGCACUCGCGACCGUCCAAGCGGCCGUUCCGAUCCUUGUCAACUUGGCUGUCGAAAGCCACGUUGGCGUCGACUGCCCCGGCAUCCGCGGGCGGUGGUCGGCCUCGACGCUCUUUUGCGGGUCACCCAAGCCGCCGGGGGCCAACGUCUACACACCGUCGUGCGAUAAGUCGAUGGCCGUGAGCUACCUCGGGAAGAAGGUAACCUGCGUCAUUUCGUUCCAAGCGUCCGGUGUCGGGCUCACGAAAGGUGCGUACGUCGAGCUCGAGCCUAAGGCGUACAAGGUGCUGACGGGUACCACCAACGGCGGACAGCUCAAGGGUGCGACCUGCACCGGUGUCUGCAACGUCGCGCGCAACUAA